GUGGCGCGUGCGCAGUUGAGAAGGCGGCCGGAAGCUCUCCCCUCAGGAAGGCGGUUGGGCAAGUUUUAGGGGCCCUUCUGGUUCAUCUCCUACCUUACCUACCUGGACUGCAAGUGUUUCCUGUGGGAAAAUCCCUGAAAUGAGGUUGCAGGAGCUCUUCCUGCGCCUCGUCCCCCAGGAGUGCGUGGGCUCUCUGUGGUCCAAGCAGGACAGGAAGUGCCACGAGAGGGCCUGCCCCACAGUCCGGGCCACGGUGGCCCAGUUCAGCCUGGUGGCCAAGGCCGUGGUCUCCUCCUGCCUCGGGGACACCGGGCUACGGGCCGCCCAGCGGGCUCGGCUCCUGGAGAAGUGGAUCCGGGUGGCCGAGGAAUGCUUUUGCCUCCAAAAUUUCUCUUCGCUCUACGCCAUCAUCUCUGCCCUACAGUCCACGCCCUUGCACCGGCUCAAGAGGACCUGGGAGAAGACCUCCAGGGAUUCCCUUCGCUGCUAUGAGGAGCUCAGUGCUGUCUGCUCGGAAGAGGAUAACUACAGCCAAAGUCGGCGGCUACUGUUCCAGGUCACAAGCCUAGACAAGACACCCGCCGUGAUUGCAAAAGUGCUGAAGAAACACAAUCAGGAGCGGAGCCAGGCCCCCCAGUACAAACUGGUGCAGCUUCUGUCUGAAGGCCAAGAGCUGGCCUUCCCACCUACCACGAACGUGUUCUACGCCAUGAACAGCUCCUGCCAGGACUUCAUGCUCCGGGCCAAGCAGGGGAAGCCAGCCCCAGUGGCCCCGCCGCCCCCGCCUAGGACCCCCACGCCUAAGGGGGUGGAAAUCAGCGCCACUUUCCCAAAGAUCAAAGCCACCGGGCGCAAGAUUGCCAAAGCCCUCUUCUGAAGUAGAGAAGGCAGCCCCUCGGUGACGGACCACCACCCAGACGGCACGGCAAACAGAGACCUAUUUUUAACCUGCUCCUGAGGGGGGGGAGGAAACGGGUGGGCUGCCUGCCCUCAUUGGGAUUUGCCAACAGCCGCGUUGACUUGGGGCACCCGUCCUGGCUGAACUGGAAGGUUCCUGCUCUGGCAGUUGCUUUUGCCCUGGAGACCGACUGGAGUUUCCUAAAGCUUUCAGGAA